GCUGCUUUGCUCCGUUGUGGUUCAUUUCAUCAAUUCAUCAAUUCAUCAAUUACUUCUUCUUCUUUCACCACACCUCCCUUGCCAUCACUGAUCACUGUGAUCGGCACCAUAAUACUACAAUUCUCCUCCACCUUUUUUCCCUACCUUCAUCCACCUCUUAUCCUCACUCUUCUCCAUCCCACCCGUCCUCCUUUUACGUCUUGCGCCAUGACUGGCCCUUCUCCCGCACCUUCCUCGUCGGUUUCGCCCAUCACUCUCCAUGUCAAGACUAUCGAAUCGCACACCCACACUGUAACUGUCCCCAUCUCCGAAACGGUGCUUCAGCUCAAGGAGCGUCUUGCAGUCAUGCUCGAGGUGCCAAGCCCCCGACAGCGACUGAUCUUUCGGGGCCGGGUCAUGGUCGACAACAACCCGCUUACAGAGUAUUCACUACAGGACGGGCACACGAUUCACCUUGUCACUCGGCCAGCCGAUGCGCCAGCGAACCAACGCAAUGAUGCACCACACGCCAGAACAGGAGCUACUUCGGAUACAGGGCCUCUUCGAUUCGACACACGAGAUUAUGUAUUCAGCAUCAUCGGCGUAGAUGAUUCUCUGGACCCACAAAAUAUCAUGCAGGCGAUCGCCGGAGGCCUUCCCUCGGAUAUGAACUUUGAUGGGGCAGCGGCCUUUGUCGGAACACCCUCAGCUGUUACUUAUCAACACCAGCCACCGCCAUCCAAUGCUCCUGGAUCAACACCUAGUACCGGAAUCAAUAGCGCUCGUCCGGCUGGAUUCCCGCGUGGAUCGGUCAUGCGUGGUAUACCUCUUCCUGCGCUCGCUCGUGGCUCUGGAAUGACCACAGUCUCUCUUGGCCUGCUACCUUCAAUAAUGGCUCAUGCGCGCGCUUCGGCUCAGAGUGUCAAUGCAAUGGAAGCAGCAAUAGCGGCGGCGGUAGACCCUAAUUCUAGAGCCGAUGAUACAUCACCAGCUUCAGCUCCACCACCUUCAACUUCGCGUUUGGCCUCCCGCACAGCCCCAGCAACCAGUUCAGCCUCGUCUACUUCACCAAGCACUCCUCAACCUGGAGCAGGACCAGUAGGCCAGAUGGUUCUUGGACCCAAUGGCAGUCUGUCAUAUACGAUCCAGAAUCCACCAAGACCGCCACCAAGAAGUAGCAGUUCCUUUCAAUCAUAUGCCGCCGCUGCAGCGGCAGCUGCCAACCCAUUUGCCUCCCACCACGACCCGACUGCAUCUGCCCGUUUUUUGAUCCCAGCAGACUACGCAGGAGCUGGAUUCGUGGACUUUUGGCGAAAUCUAUCAGGACAGCUGUCCCCUUCUACCGAUUCUGCGAGCACUUCCAAUUCAUCUCCUGCUGCUCAGGCAUCUGCUCGAUCAGCUGAGGUUGCGACGAGCACUACACAUGAUGCCACUGAACAAUCAGACCAAGCCACAAGUUCGUCAUCUUUGAGGAGAAGAGAGAGGCCUGAGGACUUUUUGAGCGGAGUCGAUGACAGAGUGUCGUCAAGAAGACGCCUCGCUGCUCAGCAAUCGUCUUCUGCAGCGAACUUAGGAAACCGACUGCGUCAAGAACUGGAUCGAUUGAUUGCGACAGGACUUCCAGAAACUAUGGUGGCGACGCCUCAAGUAUCUGCUUCAGCCUCCCGUCCCGUCACUGGCGCCACCCCAUCAUCAGCACGCACUCAACUUCCCUCACGACCUGCCAUUACCCGUUCUUCUUCCAAUGAUACGAGGCGGGCACAAACAGCGGAUUCAUCCCCAACGGCGUCGAGUCCAUCUCCGAGCAGCCCAUCCAUGCCAUCUUCAUCCACCAACAACAGCACUAACAACAGCUCUUCAAAUCCCUCGCCAGCAUAUAAUUUGGGCCGCAUUGGAGUGUUUAUCUCAGCUAUCUUGAGAAUGGUGGAUCAACCGAGAGAGGACGGAUCUCCUAGGACACUUGCAGAUGUCAUUUGCAAUGACCCUGAAUCGCCCAGCACGCCCUUGCAGGAAUUAGUCAGGAACGUUGCAGAAUCAAUUACUAUCAGAGAAACGAGAUCUAUUGCUGAGGGCCACCCGAUGCCGAUGCGCAAUAUUCAUCCGGUUUUAAACGCGUUUAUUCGCGAGCGUGCUCUGCACGGACAGCAGCUGACGGAGAGUAAUUUGGAUUCGGUGGCAGUGAUGUUUGCUCAUGGAAUCAUGAAUGCAGUACACGUGGAGGAGAUUUUGGAGACAUUGACACCUUCGGCUAGCAUUCAGAUCACCAGUGCAGAUAUUCGUCGCAUCUCGCUGGACGUGCUUCGGGAGCACUUUCGACGACUGAUCUAUCUCGUUGUUGCAGCCCCAUCGGGACGAGAGAACAACUGGCCGACGUUUGCAAGAGAUUUGGUACUCUGGAUCCGAGACGUGGUUGGGUCCUGGAGAGUGGCAUUCUAUGGUCUCUUCCCGGAACGUGAUCAAGCAGAGGCGCAGAGGGUAGCGACUCAUGUUGUGGGAUCGGCGAUUCACGCGAAUGGACGUCGGUGGGUCGAGCUGUCGAAUCGCGCUACGAACACUCUGGUCAAUGUGCUCUGUGCGAACAUUGUACCUAGACGUAGGGGCGAAGAACAAGGAGGACUUGUGGGAGGAGCUUGGCCAUUGAUGGCGACGGCACCUCGACAGAAUGUUUCGCGGUCGAGAAGUUGUAUGGCUCCUUCGUUGCUUGGAUCAACUGCGCCUCCGGCGCCUCUUGGACCAGCGGCUAGUACAGCGAAUAAUGCGAGGGCAAUCGCAAGCACUUCAUUCUCGGAUGCUCCUUCUGCAUCUGCGUCUGCGUCUGCGUCUUCGAGGAAUGCUGCUGCAGGGGAAGGGUUGGCACAGUCAAUUGAGACGGACACGCUGUCACGGAAUUUGACGAGGCGGAUUUUAAGUAUGAUGGAACCUUUGGGCGUGAAUGUGGGUGGGAUGGAAGGUCUGGCAGCUGCGUCUAUUCAGGACGCUGUGCGGGCAGAACUCGCGGCCUUACGGUCUUCUUCUUCUGCAACUGGCUCCUCGGCAUCUUUAGACGGUCCGACUGAAAGCGGUACAGCUUCGACUGCUCAAGCGGGUGCUUCAGAUACAAUUACCAGCUCCAGUUCUGACUCCGCCUCUGUUACGAGCCCCUGCACUACGGAGCCUGAAGAGAAGAGCGAAGAGAGUGAGGAAAAGAUGCCCCAGGAAGAGCCUAAGAACAUCCGCAGGACUCGUGUGGAAGAUGUAAACGAUGAGGAGGAUGUGCUCUAGACCCUUUGUUGGGAGGAAGGAGGGAAGCGUUCGAUUUGAUUUCUAUUCACCAAUACUCCUAUUAAGAAUUGAUCCAUGUGUACAUGUACAUGUAAUAAAAAUUGACGCACAAGGCGUCAAAAAUUCACAAACUGGGUAUGGAGAAUGCAAGAUAUAAAAG